UCGUGUUUUUGUCAAAGGCUACACUGACUGCGGAAGGCUUUCCCAGCAAGAUUUGUUGCGACAUCCUUGAAAUUCAUAUUUUGUUAGUAAUUACUUUGAAAAACGAAUUCGCAAUAGCCCACACUAUUGUAGGAAAGCACACGCUACCAUGGAUCACAUUUGGCAUCUUCAACUCUGACUUGGACGCCUGCCAUCAUUGCAUUGGAGUUAGCUAGAUAGCAUUAGCAAGCUAACUAGCUAGGUGAUAUUGCAGCACGUUGAGAUUCUUGAAACUUGAGGCCCUCUUGUCAAGUACAGUACCAUGGCUCCCAAAGACAUCAUGACCAACUCCCAUGCCAAAUCCAUCCUCAAUGCCAUGAACGCACUUCGUAAGAGCAACACACUCUGUGACAUCACUUUGAGAGUGGAGAAUACUGACUUUCCUGUGCACCGCAUUGUCCUGGCAGCCUGCAGUGACUACUUCUGCGCCAUGUUCACCAGCGAGCUGUCAGAGAAAGGGAAAUCCUUCGUAGACAUUCAGGGGUUGACUGCGUCCACCAUGGAGAUCCUGCUGGACUUUGUUUACACAGAGACAGUCCUGGUCACAGUGGAGAAUGUCCAGGAACUGCUUCCUGCUGCCUGUCUGCUGCAGCUCAAAGGAGUGAAAAGAGCAUGUUGUGACUUUCUGGAUAGUCAGCUUGAUCCCACAAACUGCCUGGGCAUUCGGGACUUUGCUGAGACCCACAAUUGCCUUGACCUGAUGCAGGCCGCUGAGCUCUUCUCUCAGAAGCACUUCCCUGAGGUUGUUCAACAUGAGGAGUUUAUGCUGCUCUGCCAGAACGAGGUUGAAAAACUAGUUAAAUGCGAUGAAAUCCAGGUGGACUCAGAGGAGCCUGUAUUCGAGGCAGUGUUGAAUUGGGUUAAACACAAUAGGAAAGAGAGGGAGACGUAUUUAUCGGAGAUGCUGGAGCAUGUGCGGAUGCCUUUGCUUACUCCGCGCUAUAUCACAGACAUUAUCGACUCCGAGCCCCUCAUUCGAUGCAGUCUUCCCUGUCGAGACCUUGUGGAUGAGGCCAAGAAAUUUCACCUUAGACCUGAGCUGAGGAGUGAGAUGCAGGGGCAACGCACCCAAGCCAGAUUAGGUGCCAAGGAGGUCCUGCUUGUUAUUGGAGGAUUCGGCAGUCAACAAUCCCCUAUAGAUAUUGUUGAGAAGUAUGAUCCUAAAACUCAGGAGUGGAGCUUUUUACCUAACAUUGCUCGGAAAAGGCGUUACGUGGCUACCGUGUCCCUCAAUGACCGCGUGUAUGUGAUUGGCGGCUACGAUGGUCGAUCACGGCUUAGCUCGGUGGAGUGCUUGGACUACACGGCCGACGAGGAUGGUAUCUGGUACAACGUCGCCACUAUGAAUGUACGGCGGGGCCUUGCCGGGGCGACAACACUCGGAGAUAUGAUCUAUGUUGCUGGAGGCUUUGAUGGUAGUCGCCGUCACACCAGCAUGGAACGAUAUGACCCCAAUAUUGACCAGUGGAGUAUGCUGGGGGACAUGCAGACAGCCAGGGAAGGGGCUGGCCUGGUGGUGGCUAGUGGACUCAUAUACUGUCUAGGUGGGUACGACGGAUUGAACAUCCUCAAUUCAGUGGAACGGUAUGACCCUCACACAGGACACUGGACUAAUGUUACCCCCAUGGCUACCAAACGCUCAGGGGCCAGUGUAGCCUUGCUCAACGACCACAUCUAUGUGGUGGGAGGCUUUGAUGGAACAGCGCAUCUUGACUCUGUGGAGUUUUACAACAUUAGGACAGACUAUUGGACCACAGUAGCCAGUAUGACCACUCCCCGCUGCUACGUAGGAGCUACUGUCCUCCGGGGACGACUCUACGCCAUAGCUGGACAGAUGAGAAACAAAUGGGGGAGACAGGUGAAGAGGAGAUACAGAGUCAAGGGAGGACACAGGGAUUGAACCCCGGUCUCCGGCUGAGAGUUGUACAUGUGCAUAGAGCCAGGAGUGUUACCAUCCGACCGCGACUCUGUACCCAACUUCAGUAUUGACAGAGAUAUAGAUGCAUUUUGGUUGGGAUUAUUCAUAUAAAUUAUGUAUGACAACUCUUUUAAUUGAUUUAUAUUAUUCUUGCUUAGAUAACAUUGUAAUAUCUGAAUCAUAAAAGCAACCUCCCCUUAUGGUCCAGUCUUCGAUUAUGAGGAUGUGACUGAACACAGCCAUAUGAUGUUGUUCAUUCUCCCCUGUGCUCUUUUGUCCUCUCUCCAGGUAUGAUGGAAACUCCCUUCUGAGCAGUAUCGAGUGUUACGACCCAGUGAUUGACAACUGGGAGGUGGUCACCUCCAUGGCCACACAGCGCUGCGAUGCAGGAGUGUGUGUCCUGCGAGAGAAGUGAGAUUUACCUCAGAAAAGUCGGAUGAAGCGGAAGAGGGCAGGCAGCUAGUCCUGAACCUGAAUUUGAUAUUUAUGUGCCACUACUAUGGAGUGACACAUGGAUCACUCACUUGCAGCCAGUGUGCUAUAUGCCCUCCCCGAAGUCUCUUGAUUGAUUAUUUAUCAGACUUUCUCAUCUGAGUUUGGUUACUUCUAUGGGAAAACCCUUGGCAUUCAAUGGAUAAGGGACAGGGGGUGUAUAACAGAGAUGAGUUAUUUCAGUCUCCUCAUCAACAGUUGUGGCAUCCAAGAAGACAUCCAUCCCAACCCACUCGAUCGCAUGACACUCUUUUAGUGGUUCCCGUUGUUGUGGUUACCUAUGAGGUACAUUUUUGACUCGUCUUUUAAAGUGCAAUAUAUUUCUCUACUUCUGUUAUGAACCAUGGAGCAGAAGAAACACAAGAGACUCCAGUUUGCUGCUGCUAUAUGCCUUAUGCCCCUGUGGCCCACAUUGAACAUAACAACCAUGAUGCCUCAUUAGGACUGUGAUGAUUGUUGUCAUACCAUCAAGUAUGAUGAUUAUUUAGCUUUUGCCAGGUUAUCAAUUAGAAAACCCUUUGUAGAUUUUGUAAUUAUGUAUAAAGUGCUUUUAGAAACAAAUAACUUCUUGAAUAAUUGGUAUUUGCCUGACACAGUCCUUAUUUUCAAUGUAUCAAAGACAUUUUAAAAUGAAUUACAUUUUAGGGAAAGCGGUUCAUAAUCGCACAUGAUUCCUUGCUCUUUUGCUGUUCUGUCAUCUUGUCAAAAUCCCUUUGUCCCCAGCGACAGACUGAAGAACACUGCUAAUAAAGCAAAAGAGCAAAAAGUAUUUUUUUGAUGUGUGUAUGGUGCAUGCAUUUGUCCCCAGUGGAUUUGUUUGGACAAGAAAAAAACUUGACUCCUAUUCUCCAGGGCAAGUACAAAAUACUGACUAGUCUUUGUUGUUACUUGAAAAGUGAAUAAACAUUGUGAU